AUGGCUGGCUCCCGCACGUUUACGGUGCAACACACGGACGGAGCGGAUGAUGUUCCUGCUCUGACUGCGGCGCUGGCGACGGGCAAAUACUCGGCAAACACGACCAUCCUCUUCAAGAAGGGCACGACCUACAACCUGUUCACGAGCAUCAAAUUCCCCUCCUUCACGAAUGUCGAAGUCGCCAUCGAAGGGAACCUCACGUACCCUGAUGACAUUGCUGCCAUUCAAGCGUUGUGUCGUCGUCUGGUUUCCCCGGGUCAUGGUGGAACGAACGUUACAUUGCGUGGAACUACGGAUCCAGAAUGGGGUUGGGUCGACGGUCAUGGCCAACAGUGGUGGGACGCGAUGGAGCAAACCAACCGUCCCCAUGGUUGGGCUUUCAGCAAAAUCUCGCACGGCGCAAUUCAUAAUAUGAAGUUAUGGAAGCCUAUCGCGUGGAACUUUGCUACGAGUGGGGCGUCGAACAUCCAUGUCUAUAACAACAUCAUCCUGGCGAAGUCGGACACCGAUUCAUUCCCAUUCAACACGUACGUGCUGCGAUUUUCCGCCGGUGGUUCCGACCUGCUUCUCGAAGGCAAUCAUAUCGUCAACGGAGAUGACUGCCUCACCGUCGGCAGCGGAGCAAAGAAUAUCCAUUGGAGGAAUAACUACUGCGAAGGAGGCCACGGGUUGUCCAUCGGCUCCCUCGGAAAGGGUGGCUCUGUUGCGGAUGUUCAGAACGUCCUCAUCGAGAACGUUGUGAUGGUCAACUCGCUAUACGCGGCAAGAUUCAAGAGUUGGACCGGCGGUAAUGGCCUUGCCCGAAACAUCACAUGGAAGAACAUCUUGUUCAAGAACGUCAUGUUCCCGAUCUAUGUGACCCAAAAUUAUUGGGACCAGGGACUUGGCGCCCCGCCAAACACCAGCAGCCCCAACAAUACGCGAAUUCAGGACUUUGUGUUCAAAGGCUUCUCCGGGACGAUCAACGACACCCCGGGAUACGUCGAAGGCUCCUGCAUCUCGGACCCGUACGCCGUCGAAGGGGCGACAGGCAAGGAGGUCAUCAUCCUUGACCUCUACCCAGACACUGCCACGAACGUCUUCGCGUCCGACAUCUCGGCAAAGACGCUCAGCGGCGACCCCGUCAUGGCCAUGUGUAACUCGACCACGAUCACUUCCAAUGUGGGGUUCAAAUGCUGGGAUGGCCUGUUCGAGCCGACGCGUGGAGGACAUGCAUUUCUUACGUAG